AUGAGCAGCCAGUCGUCGGAAUUCGAUUUUGACGCCGCUAUAGAAGAGCUUACGAAAAAGUACCUGGCCAGGAGAAAUUUGGCAUCAUCUUGUGACAGCCCUCCUCCAACACAUGAUGGUCCUCCUGGUUCAGAAGACUUGCAGUGUUGCGGUCCUGUACAGGUUUCUUGGAACCAGACGUCCCGUGAUGCGGAGAAGUGCCCUCACCCUGUCUGCUCAGCCCACAGCGGGAGCGCCAGUUCCAGCGGGAUCUUGCAAGAGAUGUGCAAUGUGGCAGCAGAUCAGUGUGACGGGCUCAAUGAGAAGAGUGACUCUGUGAGCAGCCUGGCAGACAGUGAAACUGGGCGAAGUGUGCAGGAGCCCAUGGCCGAUAGUCGGUCUUUCUUCUGCACUGAAACAGAUGUGACCCUGCCCUCCAGUCCAGCAAGGACUUUAGGUUGUCGCAUCACUAGGGCAGUGGCGCACUCUGGUGGAAAAAGACGAAAAAAGAAAACCCAAAUCUUCCCACACACCUGGUCCUCAUCCCCAGUGAUAGGACAGGUGUACCACGAGAUGCUUGAGAUUUAUGAUAAAUUGCAGAAGGAAAGGAUGUACCAGCAGCACUGGGCAGCACAACUGCAGGAGCAGGAGCGUCAGCUGAACCAGAGAGAGUCACUCCUACUUCGGCGCCAAGACACACUGUGCAAGAUUCGUGAGGUGGAGGAUGAGGUGCGGCGCCGUGUGUGCGAGCUGCAGGAGCAACAUCAGCAGGAGGUUAGACAGUUGAAGGAGACACUCAAAGAGAAGGUCAAAGAAAACAAGAGGCUGAAAUCAAGCUUUGAUACCAUCAAGGAGUCGAACGAUACCAUGAGAAAACAACUCAGUGACCUUAAUGAACAGAGCAAAAGGUUGGAGGUCCAGUGGAGGAAGGAACAAGCUCGUUUGGAAAACUUGCAGAGGAAAUAUGAGUAUUCAGUGGCCCGAAAAGGUCGUGAAAACAUUGCUCCGAAAGCCCAGGGUUCGAAAUGGCCCAAAGAGGACAAGCCUUUGAUGCCUGCCAGACCAGUCAAGGCUCAGGAACUCCCACUCCAUGGUUUACCAGGCCCCAGCACUUGCAAACUCCUGGUGCAGAUUCUGGACUGGGUGUCAGACAGCUACCUGACUCCAGCGGAGGACCCUGAGCCAAAAAUUUCAUCGGCCUGGGACUGUGAGCGGCCCACCUCCAUCCAGGAGAGAUGCUCAAAGGUGCUGCCUCUUCUGACUGAGCAGCUGCAGGUGGUGCAGAUGUUGGACCGCUCAUUCCACGUGCCCCUGCUGAGGUUCGUCUACUGGUCCUUGAGGCAGUUGGACAGCAGCCCCCAGCGCGGCACCCUGACCUCGACCCUUCGGAGGCUGGGGGAGGAGGUUUGCCGCGGGACAGCACUGCGGGGACCUUCCUCUGAUCCAGACGGCCCUCACAGGACCCGGCCACCCCCAUUCUUCAAAAGCUCCAGCCUCCACACCAGGUUCCUCUCCACACUGAUCCUCUUGCAGACCACCAGCCAAGCGGACAUCUUAGCCCAGGCCUUAGACUGCCUACACAGUGAUGUGCAGUGCGAAGAAGGGCGGGUCCACUUCCUGCAGUACCAAGCACUACCGGUGGUCCUGGCCUACCUGCAGUCCAGUAACCGGGGACUGCUGUCCUUGGCUGUGGACAUCCUGAUGCAGAUGAACGGAGAGUCAUGGCAGCUGAGUUCCUUCAUGGAAGCCUGUAGCACAGAGGACUUCUUCCGUUGUGUCUCUCUGCUUCUGCGGAACCCCCGCCUAGAGGUCCCUGUGGUGGAGAAGGUGAGCAUCCUGCUGCAGAAGCUCUCCAAGAUCAGGAAGAACAAGCGGCUGUUUGAGAUUCACGGCAUCCAUCUGAGAGUCCAGGAGAUGCACAGGACGGCUGACCCGGCACAUGCCUUCCUCGCCAUCAACCUCAGUUCUAUCCUUUUCAACCUGGGCAUGAUGAAGAAGACCCCCGUGUCUCCUAUACCCCCCUGACAGCCCAUAAACCUACCAACUUCAAGGAGGAAUGAUUCAUACCAUGGUUCCCUCUGUCCUCUUCUUCCACCUCCCCCAUGCCCCUAGGAAGUAAGCACCCUCUGUCUAAACACUAUGUUUUAUAAGCCUCCUAAGUACCUCCCGUAACUCUACAGAACUGCCACUGCUUGAUUUAUUUAUUUUCAUUACUUUAAUUGUUUUGAGUUGAAAAUACA